AUGGAUUUAGAAACCGGGACAUACGAGCCAGGCUUUGUGGGGAUCCGGUUUUGUCAAGAAUGUAACAACAUGUUGUAUCCAAAGGAAGAUAAGGAGAAUCGGAUCUUACUUUACGCAUGCAGGAAUUGUGACUACCAGCAAGAGGCGGACAACAGUUGUAUUUAUGUCAACAAGAUUACACAUGAGGUUGAUGAAUUGACCCAAAUUAUUGCUGAUGUAUCACAAGAUCCAACGUUACCAAGGACUGAAGACCAUCCCUGCCCAAAAUGUGGUCACAAGGAGGCAGUGUUCUUCCAGUCGCACAGCAUGAAAGCUGAGGAUGCUAUGAGACUAUAUUAUGUUUGCACUGCCCCUCACUGCGGACAUAGAUGGACAGAAUAG